AUGUACUGGCGCAUGCUAGCCUACAACGGCGCCCAAUUUUUCUUCACUAUCGUCCUCGCUCUCCUCAUCGGAGCCGUGUUCUUCGGGUUUGGGCGAAACCAGGCGUCGCAGCAGCAGGUGGUGAACGUGAUGGGUGCGCUUUACACCACCGCGCUUUUCCUCGGGUGGAGCAAUCUGGCCUCUAUCCAACCCGUGCUAGCCGUUGAGCAAGUCAUUUACUAUCGGGAGUGCGGAGCUGGGAUGUACGGCCCAGUGCCGUACGCGCUCGCGCAAGGAAUCAUCGAGCUUCCUUACAUUAUGGUUCAGUCCGUGCUGUACUCCUUAAUAACUUAUGCAAUGAUUCAGUUAAAGUGGACGACGGGGAAGUUCUUCUGGUACCUGCUGUUCCAGUUCCUUAUGCUGCUCUACUUCACGUGUUUUUGCAUGAUGGCGGUGGCGGUCACGCCAGUGGAAGGGCUCGACAUGUUGCUGUCCGCCUUUGUCUACUCGCUCUGGAACCUUCUCUGCGGCUUCCUUCUCCCCUAG